CGUAAAGGCGCUGCCCCUCCAAAAACCAGGAACGGGUGGACGAACAGGUCUCCAGCCUUUCUAGUCAUUAUUACGAUCCUCCAGACCUCUCAGACGCGCUCAAAUAGACCUUAAGCGUUUAGUUGAACAGCUUCACUCGCCUGACUCCGAUCUUGUCUAUUUACUGUCUUGUCUGGCGACCAAUGCGCAAUGUCUGACGGUUACUACUUCCCGCUGUUCUGCACAGUCCUAAUGACCCCAGAGGACAUCAAUGAAGUGCUUAAAGCUGCCGCGCGCGAAGAACGGAGAGACAAGAGGCUGAAAAACUCUUGGGUCCUUGUCCUCCUUGAAAAUCAACCUAUCUUUCCCAUGCCCACUACCAUAAUAAGCCGCUUCUACGAAGAUUUCAUCGACUGGAAUAUCUUUGAACUGGGAGACUUCUGCCGAAGACAAUUUGAGCGGACUGGUUUAAUCUCCAGCGAAGAUUUCGCAGUUAUCGAUAAGCGCUCUCUUGAGGAUCAAACGGUUUUGUUCGUUCGAUGGGAGAUUUAUACUCCCGAAGACGACGCGAUACUGCGCAUAGUGUGGGGAGAUGCGACUCCUGAGGACGAGGCAAGACUGAAACGCAUUGUGCGCACUCCAGAGGACGAGGCGCUCUUAAGGAAAGUUCAAGGCAAGGCUACGAUGCAUGAUGAGGCUCUCUUGCAAAGGGCCAAAGAAGACGCACUCCGCGAGGAUCGCCCAGCGCUGGAGACGAUUCAGAUUGCCCAGGACGAAGCAAUAAGAGUGGAUGAAGAUCCCAGGUCAGAUGCCAGUAGACCUGACCAGGUGUUCUUGCGAGCAGUCGCAGAGGAGCAGGCGAAAGAAACACCCGAUGUUCAAGCAGGGGCCGAAAUGAAUCCGAAGCCCAAGAGAGUUGACCCAAUAGAUACAACCAAAGCACAAGCCGCCCCAUAUCUGAAUGGACAGCCAAACACUGGCACAAAGCGGGUGGCUACGCCAGGUCUCCCUGGUCACACUAUAUCUGGUGUGAAGAGAUGGAGUAAGGGCUUCGAGAUGGCCGAGCUGAGCACCCUGAUCACGGGCUCGCCUAUCGAGAGGAAGGACAAUGACGUGGAGAUUAUGGAGGGCUGGAGAACGAUGCGCGUCCCGAUCGAAUCGGCAAUGCGAGAUACCAGCCUAAUCUUUCGUCGUUCCAUAACUGACCUGCUAAAAAUACGAGCACUCUUCGACAGCAACGGUGUCCUUCGAUAUUGACAGCAGUUUAGCCGCCCUGCUACCGCCAAUUGAGUGUAUGGUCGUAUCGGUGAUCGAGCGUACAAUAACUGGAAGGCUACAUGUUUGAAAUUAGCGACCAUGGUUAGAGCGUUCGUACUUGUAUUGUUUGUUGUUACCUGGCAUGAUUUGACCCGUUCAUCGACUUUGGUGCGUUCAGCAGUGGCAUUUCGCAAGUCCUAGGAAAGUUUAUGAAGUACUGGAGUCAAAGUGACGCCUGAUACUAACACUGUCUGUGCUUUUGUAUAGAUCAAGGGUCUAGUCGCUAUCAAUAGCAGUAGCAGUGCUAGUGUCUCAUAGUGCGUGACGCUUCGGUCAUCUACGUCAAAUUUCUAGCAUUGCAGUGUUGCCUUGAGAUCUAGGAUCUUGAUAUACUCAUCUGG